AAGCGGUAGUGGCGCGGGACGCGGAGGAGGUUCUCGGACCUGCUACGGCAGAGCGGCCCUGGGAAGAGGUGCGUCGUCGGGGCCGGGCGGACCUGAGGAAACGCUCCGGGGCCCAGUGGCCUUAGCAGUGCCCCCUGGCUGUCCUCGCCUCUCCCCCCGCCAGCCCAGCGACAGGGUAGGAUGCAGACAUCAGAGCGUGAGGGGUAUGGGCCAGAGGUGAGCCCCAGCGUGAUGCCCGAGGCUCCCCCGGAGUCUCCACCUGCCCCUACCAAGUCCCCGGCGUUUGAUCUUUUCAACUUGGUUCUGUCCUACAAGAGACUGGAGAUCUACCUGGAACCCCUGAAGGAUGCGGGUGACGGUGUCCGGUACUUGCUCAGGUGGCAGACGCCAUUGUGUUCCUUGCUGACCUGCCUGGGCCUCAACAUCUUGUUCCUCACUUUGAAUGAGGGUGCAUGGUACUCGGCUGGGGCCCUGAUGAUUUCAGUGCCUGCCCUUCUGGGCUACCUUCAGGAGGUUUGCCGGGCACGGCUGCCCGAGUCUGAGCUGAUGCGGAGGAAGUAUCACAGCGUGAGGCAGGAGGACCUUCAGAGAGUUCGCCUGUCUCGCCCCGAGGCCGUGGCUGAGGUGAAGACCUUCUUGAUCCAGCUGGAGGCCCUGCUGAGCCGCCUGUGCAGUGCCUGCGAAGCCGCCUACCGGGUGCUGCACUGGGAGAACCCCGCCGCAUCCUCGCAGUUCUACGGGGCUCUUCUGGGCACGGUUUGCGUGCUGUAUCUGCUGCCACUGUGCUGGGUCCUUGCCCUUUUAAACAGCACACUCUUUCUAGGGAAUGUGGAGUUCUUCCGAGUGGUGGCAGAGUACAGGGCGUCUCUGCAGCGGCGGAUGAACCCCAAGCAGGAAGAGUGUGCCUUCGAGAGCCCCCCGCCGCCAGAUGCAGGGGGGAAGGGUGCUCUGCCAGACUGCACCCCUGCGCCCACACCCACAGAGGACCUCACGCCGGGCAGUGUGGAGGAGGCCGAGGAGGCCGAGCCUGAUGAGGAGUUUAAAGAUGCGAUUGAGGAGACCCACUUGGUGGUGCUGGAGGAUGACGAGGGUGCCCCGUGCCCGGCAGAGGAUGAGCUGGCCCUGCAAGACAAUGGGUUCCUGAGCAAGAAUGAGGUGCUGCGCAGCAAGGUGUCACGGCUCACAGAGCGGCUCCGCAAGCGGUACCCUACCAACAACUUUGGGAACUGUACGGGCUGCUCUGCCACUUUCUCCGUGCUGAAGAAGAGGCGGAGCUGCAGUAACUGUGGAAACAGCUUCUGCUCUCGGUGCUGCUCUUUCAAGGUGCCCAAGUCCUCCAUGGGGGCUACAGCCCCCGAAGCCCAGAGAGAGACUGUGUUUGUGUGUGCCUCGUGUAACCAGACCUUGAGCAAGUGAGAAGAGGGGCCGGGGUCCUAGCAGGCGCCAGUCCCUGGAGCCAGCAGUAGACCCAGUCUCCCCACCCCUAGCCCCAUGUGGUGUGUGCUGGGCAAAUGUGGCCCGAACACUAGGUAGGCCUCCCCUUCCUGCCCUCACUGUCUCAGGCCGGGCUCUGGAGCUGUUCCCCACUCCUGCAGAUGGCUGGUGAUGGCUGCCCUCAAACCCCAGAGGGGAGAGGAGCUCUUGGAGGGCUUGGUGUGAUUGUCCUGCUCUGCCCUGGGCUGAGCUAGUGGACUCAGGGCUGGGGGGGGGAAUAUAAGCUAGAGGGCAGCAGUGAGCCAGGCCUGGUCUCACUUGGGAUCUCUGAGCAUCAGGGUGUCUUUCCAUGCCUGGGAGUUCUAGGAGGCCGGAGAUCAGAGAUUGGGAGAAGAGAGUCUCCCUGCACUGGGUAUUGGGCCCAGCCCUCGGCCUCCAAGAGCCUGCAGAAGGACCUGGGAGCACCACGCCCUGGCUCUGCUGUUUGAAUGUCCUUCCAGGCAUUAGGAUCUCAUCAUUUCCCCAUCGGAGAGUGGGGCCAGGGCUAACAAGACCAAAGUGCUUCUAUAAACAGGGUUGAAGUUCCCAAGCUCCCCCAGAGGAGGACGUGUCUAGGAGGGCCUGGCAGGAUCCUUGGCAUUAAGCAGAACAAAGCCUGGGGAGCCCCAGCAUCCUAGAGGACCUCAGCCCCACCUUGUGGAGACCUUGACUUGCAGAAUCUCAGCCCACAUGUUGCCCUGGUGUCCUCAGCUUCCCGGGGUAGAUGCCAAGCACUCCGAUCACUCCUGCUCCCCUGCUCAGAGCCUUGGGCACACCUUCUCUGGCCCAGAGUUACAUUUCCCCUCCCUGCCCCUCGUCCCAUGGAGUGCGAGACCAUGCAAGCACAGCAGAGGUCCUGAAACCCUUGACCCUUGGGGGCCUGGGAAAUGUAGGGUCUCGCCGGGUUGGCUCCUGGAUUCCAGGGCUGUUCCCCAACAACACAGUCUCAGUUGUGUGAUAAGGUCACUUGGGUUCCCCAUCCCCUCUCCAACAAUUUCAUGUUCACUUCUGGACUCUUAGGGGCUCAGCGCCUCUCCCUAAGCCAUGAGCGGGCUCAGGCACCCCUCCCUUCCCCUGGAGCUGUCCUGCUUUUUUGAAAUAUUUAUUUAUUUAUUGCAUGGUUCCUGGGAACAUGUGGCACAAGGAAUGGGAUGAGGAGGAUGGAGGGCUUCUCCCCCAGGAUGCUUCCCUGGAGUCAUGUGCUGCCUGGGAUUCAGAUCCCCUAGGAGGUGGAGACAUUUCUAUACCCUAAGCAGGGACCCAAGGAGGCAGGUUGAGGAGACAAGGUACCAUCCUAGGCCAGGUUUCUUGCCAGGCUAACCAGUCUAGCUAGGGCUGGGCAGCCAGGGGUCUGCUCCAGGCCAGGGAGGUGCAAGGCCCUGGGGAACCAGGCGGACCUUGGUAUACCCCCUUCCUUGGGCUCCUUUGUCCUGUUAAGAGAUGAUCUUUAAGUACCCUGUGCUUUAUUGACACUGGAGAGGAACUAAAGGGAUCUCUGUGUAUAUGGGCAAUUGUCAAUAAAAGGCCUCAAGCUUCUUAUGUUUUC